AAGGCACGUCACUUCCUAUUUCUUUAGGGGAACGUGGCUUUCCCUACAGCGUCCGUCUUCCCGUCUGCGUCUCUGCCGCGGCCGUCCGCGGGUGCUGGAGUCGGACCUCGAAGGCAGCCUCGCCAUGGACUCGGCCCUCAGCGACCCGCAUAAUGACAGUGCCGAGGCAGGCGGCCCAACCAAUGGCACGACGCGGCCGCCUUCUACACCUGAGGGCAUCGCGCUGGCCUACGGCAGCCUCCUGCUCAUGGCGCUGCUGCCCAUCUUCUUCGGCGCCCUGCGCUCAGUGCGCUGCGCUCGCGGCAAGAACGCCUCGGACAUGCCCGAGACCAUCACCAGCCGGGAUGCCGCCCGCUUCCCCAUCAUCGCCAGCUGCACGCUCUUGGGGCUCUACCUCUUUUUCAAAAUAUUCUCCCAGGAGUACAUCAACCUCUUGCUGUCCAUGUAUUUCUUCGUGCUGGGAAUCCUGGCCCUGUCCCACACCAUCAGCCCCUUCAUGAAUAAGUUUUUUCCAGCUAACUUCCCAAAUCGGCAGUACCAGCUGCUCUUCACGCAGGGCUCCGGGGAGAGCAAGGAAGAGAUCAUCAAUUAUGAGUUUGACACCAAGGACCUGGUGUGCCUGGGCCUGAGCAGCAUCGUUGGUGUCUGGUACCUGCUGAGGAAGCACUGGAUUGCCAACAACCUCUUCGGCCUGGCCUUCUCCCUUAACGGGGUGGAGCUCCUGCACCUGAACAACGUCAGCACCGGCUGCAUCCUGCUGGGUGGGCUCUUCAUCUACGAUGUCUUCUGGGUGUUUGGCACCAAUGUGAUGGUGACAGUGGCCAAGUCCUUUGAGGCACCAAUAAAAUUGGUGUUUCCCCAGGAUCUGCUGGAGAAGGGCCUGGAGGCGGACAACUUCGCCAUGCUGGGACUCGGAGACAUCGUCAUUCCAGGAAUCUUUAUCGCCUUGCUGCUGCGUUUUGACAUCAGCUUAAAGAAGAACACCCACACCUACUUCUACACCAGCUUUGCAGCCUACAUCUUCGGCCUGGGCCUGACCAUCUUCAUCAUGCACAUCUUCAAGCACGCCCAGCCUGCCCUCCUGUACCUGGUCCCCGCCUGCAUCGGCUUUCCUGUCCUGGUGGCCCUGGCCAAGGGAGAAGUGACAGAGAUGUUCAGCUACGAGUCCUCGGCGGAAAUCCUGCCUCACACCCCGAGGCUCACCCACUUCCCCACAGUCUCGGGCUCCCCAGCCAGCCUGGCCGACUCCAUGCAGCAGAAGCUAGCUGGCCCUCGCCGCCGGCGCCCGCAGAGUCCCAGCGCCAUUUAUGAGGAGUCAAAUUCUAAGGAUCCAGUAGCAGUGACAGAACCCAAAGAGGGAACAGAGGCCUCAACGUCGAAGGGGCUGGAGAAGAAGGAGAAAUGAUGUGGCUGCCGCCUGACCCUCUGAGGGCCAGACCCACCGGCCGGUGGCCCCACACAGGCCCGCACGGCAGGUCCUGCCGCAGGGGGGCGGGAGGCUCCGGGAGAGAGGCAGGGCCGGCAGGCUGCCUCCAGUACGGCCUCCGGGGUCUGGUUCCCUCUCCCCCUUCUCGGCCUUCCUCUGCUCCUCCCCUCCCCUGACGGCAACGGGGGCCCCCACCUGCCCCCACCCCCCAGACACCAGGUGGGAAAAGUGGGUCUGAUUUUUAGACUUUUGUAUUGUGGACUGACUUUGCCUCACAUUAAAAACUUAUCCCAUUGCC